GGUCCGUCCGCCCCGUUCCUUGCACCUUCCACCACCAUCCCCAAGAGUCAUCACCACCCAGCCAGCACCACCACUACACCCCUUCCUUUUAAACCCCCAUCUACUCAUCUACCACCCCUCCUCUUCCUCUCCAACUAGCAACUCUUCUAGCAUAGCACAAAAUGUCCAACUCUCUUGACGCUCUCAAGGCCACCGGCACCGUUGUCGUCUCCGACUCGGGCGAGUUCGAGUCCAUCGCCGCCUACAAGCCCCAGGACGCUACCACCAACCCCUCGCUCAUCCUCGCUGCCGCCAAGCUCCCGGCCUACGCCAAGAUCAUUGACGAUGCCGUUGCCUACGCCAAGAAGCAGCCUGGUGACCUCCAGGCCAAGGCCGACCUUGCUACCGACCGCCUCCUCGUCGAGUUCGGCAAGAACAUCCUCAACAUUGUCCCCGGCCGUGUCUCGACCGAGGUUGACGCCAAGUACUCGUUCGACACUGAGGCCACCAUCAAGAAGGCCCACGAGCUCAUUGCCCUCUACAAGGAGCAGGGCAUCCACUCGGACCGUGUCCUGAUCAAGAUUGCCUCGACCUGGGAGGGUAUCCAGGCCGCCAAGAAGCUCGAGGCUGAGGGCAUCCACUGCAACCUCACCCUCCUCUUCGGCUUCCCCCAGGCCGUUGCCGCCGCCGAGGCCGGUGUCACCCUCAUCUCGCCCUUCGUCGGCCGUAUCCUCGACUGGUACAAGAAGAACACCGGCCAGGAGUACACUGCCGAGACCGACCCCGGAGUCAUCUCGGUCCGCAACAUCUACACCUACUACAAGCAGCACGGCUACAAGACCAUUGUCAUGGGUGCCUCGUUCCGCAACGUUGGCGAGAUCAAGGCCCUUGCCGGUGUCGACUACCUCACCAUUGCCCCCAAGCUCCUCGAGGAGCUCAAGUCGUCCAACGACCCCGUCCCCAAGCUCCUCUCGAUCGAGAAGGCUGGUGCCGAGGACCCCGUCGAGAAGGUUUCGUACAUCAACGACGAGCCCUCGUUCCGCUGGGACCUCUUCCAGGACCAGAUGGCCUUCGACAAGCUCCACGAGGGCAUCCGCGGCUUCGCCAAGGACGGCAACACCCUCAAGGAGCUCAUCACCGCCAAGCUCUCCGAGUAAGCGUAGCGCGCGCGCGCGUGUAUGCGGUCGUCGCGAGUUGUGCAGAGGCUUGCAGGCUCAUUGAGUAGCAGUAGUAGCAGUUGGCAGUAGUAGACAAAAUCAUCGCAAAUUCAGCAGGAGUACUAGACUCCUGUAGCUAAUGCAGCGUUGUGACAUAAGA